AUGCUGAGCCAAACAGAUGCUUCGCUUAUAGAACAUGAUAAAGAGAAUAUACAGCCUUUACCCGAGGGGAGGUCAGCUUCUAAAUUAGCAUUGAAUUUCAAAAACGCAUCAAAAUCGGUACUUAAGUACAAAGAACAACAACAAAAAAGAAAAGAACAAUUUGAGUUACAAUUAGAAAAUUCAGAAGAAUUAGAUGAUCCAUUACAGGUAUUCUUAGAUUAUAUAAAUUGGACUCAUGAUACAUUUCCUCAAGGCUCCAAUACUGAGAGUGGAUUAUUGGCUUUAUUGGAAAGAUGUACUUCAUGCUUUCGAGACGUAGCACAUUACAAGAAUGACCCACGGUAUUUGAAAGUAUGGUUGGAAUAUACCAACUACUCCGAUUCUCCGAAAGAUAUUUUUGUUUACUUGGCCAAAAAGGAAAUAGGCACCGAAUUAGCAUUGUAUUAUGAAGAAUUUGCAAAAUACUUGGAGCUUAAUGAGAAGUUUCAAGAUGCAACUCAGAUAUAUGAAAUGGGGGUUGAAUAUAAGGCAAGGCCUUUGGUUCGACUUGAACGAUCAUUUAUGCAAUUCAACGAAAGAAUGCAUGAUCCGGCCAGGAGAACAGAUCGAGGUGAAUCGUCCAUAAAAAAUGUUCUCGCUGUGAAGAGAGGAGAUUCAGCUGUUCCAAUUGGAAUGACGGAUGCCCAAGCAACAAGAAAGAGACCCAAAUUGCAAGUGUUCGUGGAAGACGAGGACAAGAACCAGGACAUUUUGAACACUCUAUUUGAUGGGCUGGCCAAUCCACCUGAACUUGGGCCUAUUAAAACAAGGGUAAAAGAAAACAUCUUAACAUCAAAGCCAUGGUGCGGUGAAACUAUCAAGCAGAAGUUAGAGCCAACCAAACCUGAGUCUAAGAUCACAGUAUUCAAAGAUGUUGCCCAUGAUACAGAUGGCGCAGUACCUAUACAAACAAUCGAAGAAGACGAAAACGGAUUAAUGCAUACUUUAAUAAGACACCCAGGAAAAAACCAAGAAAAAGUUAGUUUAAAUAUGGAUUUAUUAUAUCCAGAACAGGGAGACGAAUAUUGCUUGGAUGAGAUUUUAGCCCUAACCAGAAAGCUAAGUAAAGUUUCAUUAGGCUACGAAGAGCAGCAAAAUUUAAUACCUGAAGAAAAAACACCACUUAAGCCGCAUAAUAACAUAGUAGAUGAAAGUACUUUCUCUAAGGAUAUUACUUUCACAAUUCCGUUGAAAGAUGGAGGUCUUCAUGAGGACGAUGAUACUCAUUUACCUUUUAAACACAGACCGAAUUCACCUACAAUGACGAUGUUUUCUCGUAUGGCAACUAAUGAAGUACUCACUAUGUUUAAUGAUGCAGGUCAGAAUUUGAAUACAGAUGACGAGGAGGAAAAAACUGAAGGUGAAAAUACUACGAAUUUUGAUGGAUUUGUCACAGAAACAAUUCAUGCAAUAAAACCCGAAGAAAAAGAAUUAAAACAACAAAUUUCAAAUGAAACAGGACAUUCUAAUGAAGGAAAUUUGGAGAAGACUAUAACACCUACGAGGGAUACUAAUGUCCAGGGAGAUAGUGUUCAGAGUUCCCCCUUUAUAGAGAGACCCUCAUCCUCAGUAAUAGAUAAGGAACUGAAUAUAUUUGACCCAGUAGACGAGUCUUUAAGGGAACGAUUACUAGACGAUUUGGCGACACCCAUAUCUUCGUAUUCUGGGUUUUGCAAUUAUUGCUAUACCAAGAUUAAUAAGAUAAAGAGAUUUCACGAGAUAACAAACAAUAAAACUAAAAUAAUUACUAAAGGUUCUAAAAAUUCAAUAAUUGACUAUUGUGGGGAUGAGAUUUAUUGCUUAAGAUAUGAGUUGGGGCAUGGCGGAUACGGUGUAGUUUAUCUCGUUGAAACGGAAAUGGGGAAGUUAAAGGCAUUGAAGGUGGAGUCUCCAUCAUCAAAAUGGGAGUAUUAUAUUCUAACCCAAAUUCAUCAAAGACUAACUAUAUUUGAUUGUGAUAUUAGGGAAAUGAUAGUCAAACCCGAGGCACUCUUCUUCUUUCAGGAUGAAAGUUACUUAUUAAUGAAUUAUGUGAACCAAGGCACUAUUUUGGAUGUGGUAAAUAUUUAUAAAAACAGAGGAUCAACUGUUGAUGAAGUGUUGUGUAUAUAUUUAACAGUCGAAUUGUUAAAAAUUAUCGAAGUUCUCCAUAGCAUAGGUAUUAUUCAUGGUGAUCUAAAAUCUGAUAACUGCAUGAUCAGGUUUAGCCAUUCCAAGGAGUGGAGUGACACUUACAGCCGUUACGGAAGUGAUGGCUGGUUUAAUAAAAGCAUAACCUUGAUAGAUUUUGGAAGAGCCAUAGAUAUGACAUUAUUCAACCAAAAUGCCCAAUUCGUUUCCAACUGGGAAACGGACCAGCAGGAUUGCCCACAGAUGAAUAAGCAUGAACCUUGGAGCUUUGAAGCGGACUACUACGGCCUCGCCAGUAUUAUUUAUACCAUGCUAUUUGGAAAGUAUAUAGAGAUCAAAGAAUCUACCACUGGUAGCGUAUUUCUCAGUCAUACUCUAAAGAGGUACUGGCAACUUGACUUGUGGAAUCCAUUAUUCAACUUGUUGCUUAAUCCAUAUUCUCGAUCAGACGAUUCUAAUAUCAAAUUACCGAUUACAGAGGAACUCAAGUUCCAAAGGCAUCGCCUUGAGAAUUGGUUGGAUGCUAACGGCUCAAAAAAGAAUCUUAAGAGCUCAAUACACGAUAUCGAAGAGGAAUUGAAUAAUGAUAAUAAGAAGUUGUUCAAUAGCCUUCGUUAG